AAUUGGCUUUGGUGUGUGUUUCCCUGCCCCCUCCUCCCCCGCCCUGCCCCCCUCCCCCUUUUUGAGACAUGGCCCGGGCAGUGGCUCCUGGAAGAGGAACAAGUGUGGGAAAAGAGAGAGGAAACCGGAGCUAAAUGACAGGAUGCAGGCGACUUGAGACACAAAAAGAGAAGCGUUUCUCUGGGAUCCAGGCAGUGCCUCGCUGCUUUCCUUUCUCCAAGGAGGACUCCGAGGAUUUUACAGCUCCAGGCGUCGUGGAAGCGCUGCGGAUUGUUGAGAUCCCCCGCUUGGCUCUCGUUUCUCGCGCGUCUGCCUGGGGAUCCCGCGAAGGGAGCAUGGAGAGGGGGCUGCCGCUGCUCUGCGCCGCCCUCGCCCUCGCCCUCUUCCUCGCCCCGGCCAGCGCUUUUCGCAACGAUAAAUGUGGUGAUACUAUAAAAAUUGAAAGCCCCGGGUACCUUACAUCUCCUGGCUAUCCUCAUUCUUACCACCCGAGUGAAAAAUGUGAAUGGCUGAUUCAGGCUCCUGACCCAUACCAGAGAAUUAUGAUCAACUUCAACCCCCACUUCGAUUUGGAGGACAGAGACUGCAAGUAUGACUUUGUGGAAAUCAUCGAUGGAGAAAAUGAAAAUGGGCGCUUAUGGGGAAAGUUUUGUGGAAAGAUCGCUCCUUCUCCUAUAGUGUCUUCAGGGCCAUUUCUUUUUAUCAAAUUUGUCUCUGACUAUGAGACACAUGGUGCAGGAUUUUCCAUACGUUAUGAAAUUUUCAAGAGAGGUCCUGAAUGUUCCCAGAACUACACAACACCCAGUGGAGUGAUAAAGUCCCCUGGAUUCCCUGAAAAAUAUCCCAACAGCCUUGAAUGCACUUAUAUUAUCUUUGCACCAAAGAUGUCAGAGAUUAUCCUGGAAUUUGAAAGCUUUGACCUGGAGCUUGACUCAAAUCCUCCAGGGGGGAUGUUUUGUCGCUAUGACCGGCUAGAAAUCUGGGAUGGAUUCCCCGAUGUUGGCCCUCACAUUGGGCGUUACUGUGGCCAGAAAACACCAGGUCGAAUCCAUUCCUCAUCAGGCAUUCUGUCCAUGGUUUUUUAUACUGACAGUGCCAUAGCAAAAGAAGGUUUCUCAGCAAACUACAGUGUCUUGCAGAGCAGUGUUUCAGAAGAUUUCAAAUGUAUGGAAGCUCUGGGCAUGGAAUCAGGAGAGAUUCAUUCUGACCAAAUCACAGCUUCCUCCCAGUAUAGUACCAACUGGUCAGCAGAACGCUCCCGCCUAAACUAUCCUGAGAACGGGUGGACACCUGGAGAAGAUUCCUACAAAGAGUGGAUACAGGUAGACCUGGGCCUUCUGCGCUUUGUCACUGCGGUUGGGACACAGGGGGCCAUUUCAAAGGAAACCAAGAAGAAAUACUUCGUCAAGACUUACAGGGUGGACAUUAGCUCCAAUGGGGAAGAUUGGAUCACCAUAAAGGAAGGAAAUAAACCUGUUAUCUUUCAGGGAAAUACCAACCCCACAGAUGUCGUGUUUGGAGUUUUCCCCAAACCCCUGAUAACUCGAUUUGUCCGAAUCAAACCUGUGACUUGGGAAACUGGCAUAUCUAUGAGAUUUGAAGUGUAUGGCUGCAAGAUAACAGAUUAUCCUUGCUCUGGAAUGUUGGGUAUGGUGUCUGGACUUGUUUCUGACUCCCAGAUUACAGCAUCCAACCAAGGAGACAGAAACUGGAUGCCUGAAAACAUCCGUCUUGUCACCAGCCGCUCAGGCUGGGCCCUGCCACCUGCACCUCAUCCGUACAUAAAUGAGUGGCUCCAAGUGGACCUGGGGGAGGAGAAGAUCGUGAGGGGCAUCAUCAUCCAGGGGGGGAAGCACCGGGAGAACAAGGUGUUCAUGAGGAAAUUCAAGAUUGGGUACAGCAGCAACGGCUCAGACUGGAAGAUGAUCAUGGAUGACAGCAAGCGCAAGGCCAAGUCUUUUGAAGGUAACAACAACUAUGAUACACCCGAACUUCGAACUUUUCCACCUCUUUCCACACGAUUCUUCAGGAUCUACCCUGAGAGGGCCACUCAUGGCGGACUGGGGCUGAGAAUGGAGCUUCUGGGCUGCGAAGUGGAAGCACCUACAGCUGGACCGACCACUCCCAAUGGGGACCUAGUGGAUGAGUGUGAUGACGACCAGGCCAGCUGCCACAGCGGGACAGGUGACGGCUUCCAGCUCACAGGUGGUACCAUGGUGCUGACCACAGAAAAGCCAACCAUGAUAGACAGCACAAUACAAUCAGAGUUUCCAACCUACGGUUUUAACUGUGAAUUUGGCUGGGGUUCUCACAAGACGUUCUGUCACUGGGAGCAUGACAGUCACGUGCCCCUGAGGUGGAGCGUGCUGACCAGCAAAACAGGGCCCAUUCAGGAUCACACAGCAGGAGAUGGCAACUUCAUCUAUUCCCAAGCUGAUGGAAACCAGAAAGGCAAAGUGGCUCGUCUGGUGAGCCCUGUGGUUUAUUCCCAGAAUUCCGCCCACUGCAUGACCUUCUGGUAUCACAUGUCUGGUUCACACGUGGGCACGCUGAGGGUAAAACUGCACUACCAGAAGCCAGAGGAGUAUGACCAGUUGGUCUGGAUGGCCAUUGGGCACCAAGGAGACCACUGGAAAGAAGGGCGUGUCCUGCUCCACAAGUCUCUGAAACUUUAUCAGGUGAUUUUUGAAGGUGAAAUCGGCAAAGGAAACCUUGGCGGGAUUGCGGUGGAUGACAUUAGUAUUAAUAACCACAUUUCCCAAGAGGACUGUGCAAAACCGGCAGACCUGGAUAAAAAGAACCCAGAAAAUAAAAUUGAUGAAACAGGGAGCACCCCGAGCUACAAAGGCACCAGAGAAGGUGAUGAGAACAUCUCCAGGAAACCGGGCAGUGUGCUGAAGACCCUGGACCCCAUCCUCAUCACCAUCAUUGCCAUGAGCGCCCUGGGUGUCCUCCUGGGUGCCGUCUGUGGGGUAGUGCUGUACUGUGCCUGCUGGCACAACGGGAUGUCGGAGAGAAACUUGUCUGCCCUGGAGAACUAUAACUUUGAACUUGUGGAUGGUGUGAAGUUGAAAAAAGACAAACUGAAUACACAGAGUACUUACUCGGAGGCAUGAGGACAGUUGGAGAUGAAAAGACCAGCCAGAGAAUUGAAGUGGAAAGGAAGUGAGUUGAGCGUGCUGGGAACUGUCCAUCUUCUUUCACUGUACAGGCUGGGAAGUGCGUUGAUGACGCUGAGCCAGGCUUUUCUCAGGAGCUUCAAUGAGUAUUGCCGACAGACAAUACAAGUCAACUGUGCGAACAGCCAGAACCAUGUACAGUCAGCUUUCUUCUGUUGGUUUCAUUUGAAUAAUCAAGUCUGGUGUUGCGACCAAGUAUGAUUGACUUAAUGAUUCAUUUCAACACCCCCCCUCCCUGUGCCCCACCCCUUCCUCUUAUGGAUUCUUCUCAGAAACUGUGCAAAAUCCAAGAUGCUGGCACCAGGUGUAUUCAGUGGGGCCCUUUUGAUGGACAUGCUACCUGUAGCCCAGUGCCCAGAAUAUAUUAGAACAACUGCAUUUCAGCAGACUCUCAAAGCUGUACUUGUGUAUUAUUGCCCACAUUGUGCAUAGGCAAAGAAGGAUUAGGAUGUUUUAUUUUAAAGUCCUGUAGCCUCAGUACCAGUAUAGUGUGUCAGCUCUGUUUAUGAAGCAAUACCGUCAAAUUUUCUUGAUGUUUUCCAGUGUUGUACUAAACCUCGUGCUUGUGAACUCCGUACAGAAAACAGUGCCAUCACCAAACACUGCUGGCGACUGGGUGCACUGCUGACAACAGCGAUGAAAAAUCCUUGGCACUGGCUAGUCUGCGUCCUCUUAAGUGCCUUUUUGUUCGUACUGGUUCUCAUUGUGUCACAUUAAUGACCUGCUCUCUUUCUCGCUGGUGAAAGCCCUACUCUUAAUCAAACCCUGGUGGCCCACUGACUAAGAAGAAAGUAUAUUUUAGUGUGAGACGUCAGCCCCGGGAAGGCAAGGGCUCCGCAGACUUGGUAACGUGGCUUAAUUGUUCUGCUUUUUCCGUAGUUCAGUUUCAUGUCUCUUGACCCUUUUGUAUAAAGCUGCAAUAUUCCCUCUUAUGGUUCUUUCAUAUGGAAUGUAUUUUCAAAAUGUAAACUCGUUCUCUCCUAGCUCUCUGUCUUUUUACUCUCUUAGAAUUUAAGCAUUUGCCAUUGUCCAGAAAAGAAACUUGCAGCUUUAACCUGCUGGGAAUGGCAAACAAUUUUACUAGACUUUAUGUUUAAAAAUAAAUAAAUAAGGGGGAUUCCUAACUUUGACCUCCAAAGUCUAACUUUGGUUUUUCUUGUUAACUGGUUAAAGUGACAGUAUCUUUUUUCCUUAAGCCAUUUGUCUAUCUAUUCCAAUCAAAAUGAUCUUUAAUGGAAAUGUUUGCAUUUAAUAGAAGCAGUGAUAAGUUGAGGGAAGAAAUAAUACUAUUUGGCUUUCAAGUGAGACCCAAAGGAAGGACUGAACACAAUUCUCCAAAUAUCCAAAAACAUGAGAUUUUUUUACAUCCAAAUAUGCAAAAAUGACCAAUGAGAACCUUGUUUUGGUAUUGAGUCAGACAAAGGAAGUGGAAGAAAGAACAGCUAAUUUAAGAAAGUGACUAUAAAUCCUGGAGCUGGGGGGUAAAGUAUUUUAAGAUAAGAGCGGGGGGAAAAGGAGUUAAAUAAAAAUAAAUGUUUUAAGAAAUUCAUUCAGCAGCAACCCUGAAAAAACAGACUUGAAUGAAUGCUUUUAGGAACUUCCAGUGACUCACAAAGAAAAAGCCUACCUUGGCAGGUAAGACCUGCGUCUCUAACCGCACAGAGCAGUGAACGUCUUGUCAAGCAGCAUGUGGAUCAGCCACAGAAGUUUCGGUUGUUUUCAGCGUAUUUGUGUCAUGCCACGUUGUCCGAGAAUUUCCCCCCUGCCCACAGUGCUGUAGGUCUCACUCAGACACAUCAUGGACUAGACCAUCCACUCGUCUGGGCUUAAUCAGGUUGAGAAUGCCUUUUGUUUCCAGGAAAAUAUUGGUCCCUGUGAAAGGAGGAUAGAUUUUUAUCCCCACAGGCCAUUCAUUCAGUUGUUAAAAUCAUACCAGCAUGAAAGCACUAAGACUUGAUUUGUUUUUUUUUUAUUUUAAGGCAACAGACUCAAAGUUGCCCAUAGCCAAGGAAAAAUGAUACUGCAACUUUAAAUUUUAAAGUAUCUUGCACUGAUAAAUAUAUUUAAAAAUUAUAUGUUUAUAAAGUUAUUAAUUUGUAAAGGCAGUGUUACAGAAUGUUCAGUUUAUAUUGUUUUAGAUUGUUCGGUAAUUUUAAAGGUGUAAAAUAACAUAUUUUUUCCUUUAUUGAAAUCUAUAAAACUUUCUGUAGUAAAAUGUUUUCAUUUUACUGGUAUAUUAUUGCUUCAUGUUUUGUACCAUCAUAAAAUUUUGUGCAAAUUUUUUUUACAGAAAUUUUUAUUUUCUAUGACAAUAUGACACUUGUAAAUUGUUGUUUCAAAAUGAACAGCGAAGCCUUAACUUUAAAUGACAUUUGUAUUCUCAGACGCUGAGCAGCAUAAAAACCACAUAGAACUGAACUGUAACUCCAAUUCCAAACUAUGACUACUACAUUCCAAAGAAACAGUUGAAUUAAACAUUUUCAUAAAAUA